AUGAGACAGAUAGAAUGGGCAUUGCUCGAAGUCAAAGCUAAAAUAACACAUGACCCUUUGAGUGUGAUGAGUUCAUGGAAUGACACCCUUCACUUUUGUGAGUGGUAUGGCGUUACUUGUGGUCAUAAGCACCACCAGAGAGUAACAUCACUAGACCUGCAUUCCUCCAAAUUAACAGGUACACUCUCUCCCCAUCUCGGAAACUUGAGCUUCCUUAGGGAGCUGUGGCUUGAAAAUAACAGUUUUGGCGGUACAAUCCCGCCAGAAAUUAGUCGUUUGCAUAGACUGCAAUAUCUAGUGCUACCAUCAAAUAUAUCAAGUUGCUAUAGCCUUAAUUAUAUAUACCUUCAUGGUAACAGGUUGGUAGGAGAGAUCCCACCAAUGCUUGGUUCUUUGUCUCGUUUGCAGGUUCUUGCUUUAAAAAAGAAUAACUUGACAGGGAACAUUCCUUCAUCUUUGGGGAAUUUAUCAUCUCUUGUUGAACUCCACAUCUCUUUAAACAACUUAGUCGGAAGUAUCUCAGCUAGUAUAGGCAAGCUUAAUAAUCUAACCACUCUGGAUUUAGACAGCAAUAAGUUGUCUGGGGUAAUACCGCCUUCAAUCUUUAAUCUCUCUUCAUUAACGGAACUAGAUCUAGGAACGAAUAACUUGGAAGGAGAACUUCCUUCAGAUUUAGGAAACAGUCUGCCGCAUCUGCAGUAUUUUUCCGUAGCCGCAAAUCGGUUCACAGGACACAUUCCUACUUCAAUUUCCAAUUCCUCAAGCCUAACAGUUCUCCAAUUGAGUCUCAACAAUCUUCAUGGACAAGUUCCUCCUCUGAACAAGUUAGUAAAUCUUACUCUCUUUCGCAUUGCCCAAAAUUUCCUUGGGUCAGACCAUUUGAGAGAUUUGAUAUUUUUUACUUCCUUGGCCAAUGCCACCGGUUUACAAGUGUUUAAUAUAAUUCAAAAUAAUUUCAAAGGAGUUUUCCCUAAGAUAUUCUGCAAUUUUUCAUCACUCAAUGUAGUAGCUAUGGACAACAAUUUCUUGACAGGAGAAAUUCCAUAUUGCAUAGAGAAAUUAUCAGAUUUGCAAAAAUUUGGGGUUGGUAAUAAUAUACUUUCUGGGGUCAUUCCUCCUGGAAUAGGGAAGCUCCAAAAGCUCACUGAUUUAUACUUAUAUGGUAAUCAAUUAUCCGGAGUCAUUCCACCCUCUAUUGGAAAUUUAACCAAGUUGUCUAUUUUAACUUUGUAUAAUAAUCAUCUCGUAGGUCAAAUACCAUCAACUCUUGGAAAUUGUGGGUCAUUAAUAGCAUUAGCUCUUACUAAUAAUAGUCUUAGCGGUUGUAUACCCCCUCAACUUUUUAGUCUCUCUUCCUUGUCUAUUGCCCUUGAUCUGUCAGGAAACCAUCUAACUAGGUCUCUUCCUGAAGAAGUUGGGCAAUUGAAGAAUCUUGACGAGCUAGAUCUUUCUCGUAACAUGUUAUCAGGCCAAAUACCAAGCUCUCUUGGUAGUUGUACAUCGUUAGAGUACCUCUACAUGGGAAGAAACUAUUUCAAUGGAACCAUUCCAGAUUCAUUGGAUUUAAAGGGUCUAGUUGAAUUAGAUUUGUCAAAUAACAAUUUAUCUGGCAGAAUCCCUCAAUUUUUACAGAGACUUAAGUUACAAAGCCUUGAUUUGUCAUACAAUAACCUUGAAAGUGAAGUACCUGUUGAUGGAGUCUUCAAUAAUGCAAGCGGUGUUUACGUAAGGGGAAACAACAAGCUUUGCGGAGGAAUACCUGAGUUAAAAUUGCCUCAGUGCAGCUAUAGCAUCAAUAACCAGAAAAGAAGACUGAAGCAUCAGAAAAAAGUAUUCACAGUUGCAAUUCUUUCAGGGUUUUUAGGAGUUAUAUUGAUACUUUCUUUUCUUGUGUUAUUAUAUAUUUUCUGGCAAAAAAAGAGGACUAAGGAACCUACAGCUUAUGAUGCUAAAUCAGCCAUUACAAAGCUAGAAAUUCCACUAGGAAUGUUACAUUUUAUCACUUGAUCUUAAACAAGAAAUUAGAACCUAAAACCAAAAAGUGGGUCAAAUUUGAUCGAGCCCAAAAUGAUGACUUGACCUUUGAUUAAGAUUACCUUGUUAAUUCCUUUGUUCUCAUUUUUAUUAUUUUCCGUCAAAAAAAAAAAAAAAUUGCAAUAUUUGGAAAUUUGCACAAUUCACAUUUUUUUAUUUUAUUUUUAUUUUAUUUUUUUUUUAUUUUUGAAAGGGGUUAAAAGCGAGCAUUUUAUUAAAGCACAUCAAGCUCUGCUAAGGUAGUGAUACCUUGCAGAUAAGUACCAAUACAAACAUGUUCCAUACUACUUCCCAUCUAGUUACCAUAUGAGUGACGGUAUUAUAUGUCCUCUUAACAUACGAAAUAUUAAAGGACUCAAAACAAGCUAUCACGUCUAAUAUAUGAUCCACAUUUGACCACCUUUGUUAACAACAACGUUGGGAA